CCCCAUCUCUCUCUCUCUCUCUCUCUCUCUCUCGCGUUACGUGAUUCGCCGGUUGCUUUUGGUCUUUGCAGCGCCUCCUCUUUCGUGUCUCCCACUGCAGCGCACGCUUUGCUCCCUCUCUUUGCUUGGCUGCGCCAAAGGCAGGCAGAGAGAGGGUUCCGUAGAUGGAAGCCUGUGCUGCGCCUGUGCUGUGCUCCAGGGAUUAGUACCACCGAAUCCUGUGCUGCUGCGCUCCGGGAAUCAGUACUGCUGCGGACGAGAGACGAACCUGGCCUUUCCCUUUUGAGGGACCGGAUGACAGCAGCGCCAUUGCGGAUGUAAAGUGGAGUGGGGAAGAGAAGAGAAGAAAGUGCGUGUGGUUUGCUCGAGAGAGAUCGAUGGAGACGACGCUGUUGCUGCCCGUCAAGCGUACCGAGCACGUCCACGUGACCCCGAAGCCGCUCGCGCCACGGCGGCCCGAGCACGCGCACGCACACAAGCCUCGCACCGUGCGCAUCUAUUGCGAGGACUUGGACGCCACUGACUCCUCUGGCGAUGAUGAGGAGGUGCCGGAGUGCCGGAACCUCCGCCGCGUCCGCCGCUACGUCCAGGAGAUCCGGUUCGAGGUCCGGCCCUCCCCUGUCUGUACGAGCAGCAAAGCGUCGAAGGGCGCAGCGGCCACGGGGAGGAAGAGGAAGGCCGCCGCCGACGUUGCUGAUGCGGACGACGGCGAUCGGAGCGUGAAGCGGUUCCGCGGAGUCCGGCGGCGGCCGUGGGGGAAGUACGCGGCGGAGAUCCGUGACCCCUGGCGCCGCGUCCGGGUGUGGCUCGGCACGUUUGACACCGCCGAGGAGGCGGCCAAGGUGUACGACUCCGCCGCCAUCAAGCUCCGGGGCCCCGGCGCUGCCACUAACUUCUCCCAGCCCGCUGUCGACAUCUCCCCCGCCGGCCCUCCGCCGAAUAAGCACCUCCCGGACGACAACCUCGCCUCCGUCUCCGGCACGUACGACUCCAUUGACGAGCCGCGCAACCUCUCCUCCCCGAUCUCCGUCCUUUGCGGCUUCUCCUCCUCCGCAUCCUCCCCGUCCCCUUCUUUGCCAUCCCCGACGGAAAAGGCAGCCGAGGCACCAGCCUCCGCCAGCGAGAGAAGCCGACCAGACCAACUCGUCGACAUCUUGCCCUUCGAGGAGAUGCCUCUCUUCGACGAAAUCCUCGGCUUGAGUCACUCACGCCCGAGCUACUUCGACGACUCCGCCCCGAUCGGCUUUCUAGCCGAGGAGAUGAGCGACGCCCUGUUCGGCGCGGGGCUGGACCUCGACCUCGGCCUUUCCACGUGGCAGGCCGACGACUAUUUCGAGGACAUCGGCGACUUAUUCCCGAUCGAGGCUCUCCCCGCCCUCUGAUACCUCCUAACUCAGACGCUCCACUCCCCGGGCGCCGAUUCAUCGGCCGAUUUUGUCGCGGCAAUCAAAGAAAAAAUAAUAAUAAUAUAAUAAUAAAAGCGGCCCCUUUUUUAUUUUUUCUUAAUUUUGUUUUUGUAGGUCUGUUGUAAAACGCGUCUCCGUUACUUAACGGCGACGGAAAUCCGUCUUCUCUUGUUUCUUCGUCUCCUUCAAAAUUUUGAGAAAGAGUUAUGAACUGCUUCA